UCGCUCACUCGUGCAAGUGGGCGAGAGAGUGUAUGUGUGUGUGAGCCGUACUGUCUUGCGUUGCAAUGUACUCGCUGCGAUUAGUGUUUCCUGUUGAUUGAUUCUCUACUUCAGGAGGGAGGUCAGCUUUGUGUCUCUGUGUUGUGGAGGUUGCGCAUUUUGGUAGCGUUGAGGCUGCUUUGUGGAUUUCCUCGAUUCCCUUCGGUGCUUUGGUUUGCCGAGCUCUAUUGCUUCCAUCUUGGCCUCGAUGCGCUCGAACGCUGGUGGGAUAGCAUUUGCGGAACGAUUCGACAUUGAAUUGAGUUGAUGUGUGUGGUGCAUUGAAGGCAUCGUGUGCUUGCACUGCGUGUGGUCCGCGAGAACAGCAUGAAGGUUGCGCGUAAAGGCCCUCCGCACACAUUUUUUAUUUGGCUAUGAUUGAUGACGUUAAGGAAUCGUUUUGAAUUAGGUCUCGUGGGACGUGAUCUUGCCCUGGAUACCAGGUGUGAAGCAUUGGUGUUGUUGAGACGCCGUGGGCGGACUUCAAUUUAUUGUCGGAAAUGUCCCAAGUUGUAAAAAUGCGCCCAAUUUGAAAGUAGUGAUUGGUGAAGGGCAAUGGCGGAGUUGCUAGAUCUCAACGUGAACGGAAGUGUUACGGUGGGAUAUUCUGAUUCGUUCGCCACGGAAGAGUUCAAGCUGUUGGAAGUGGAUGAAAGCGUCUUGAAGGAGCUACUGAAUGACGGAUUGACUAUUAAAGGAGACCCAAAUGAUGAAGCGGUUCUAUGUACGUCCUCGACCACUUAUGCAAUAAAAUAUGUAUCAACUUCAAACACAGUUUUGCUCCUUUCUCCCACACAACAUUCCACUCUGCAAUCGGACGCCACGGAUUGCCCCGAAAAUGAAAAAGAUUGUACAAGGCCAACAAGUGCUGGUGUAGUAGCAAUGGUACCAGGUCUUAUUGAAUUGGUGGAGACAGCGCCUAGGCUCGAUAAGUUGAAGGUUCUUCUGAAUCAGCGUCCAUACACUGAAGAUUUGGACGAGGAGCAGAUGCUGGAGGAAGAUGAGCGGGGACGAACGGGGCUUUACACCAUGGAUGACCUUGCGAAUCAAGUGCAGGCCAGCUAUAGCCAAAUCAAAGCAGCAUUAGAGUCAGUGCAAGCAGUGGAAAUUGAAGGGUUCUGGAGAAUAGUUGAUGGAAAUUUCAUGCAGGGCUUAUUAGAUGUCAUUUUGUUGACUGCUGUUCAACAUGACUGGAAUAUAAAGUUGUUACAAGAAUCCGAAGUAGUCCAGGUUGUAAGGAAUGAUGGCUACACGCCUAAAAUCAUUGAACAUUGUCUUGCCUGUUAUGGGAAGGAGGUUGAAACAAAUGUACAGGAACCUGACACUAGAAAAUGGGAACUUGAGGAAAGUAAAGUCUGCGUACACUAUGCAAAACAGCUACUCCGUUCUGUCCCGAAGUGGAGAUUAGAAGAUUUUUUGAAUGCAUGGAAGAGAAAUAUUCCUACAGGACUACAACCUGAGUUGGAAAUGUUGAAAGGGGAGGUGUUAAUUGAGAGGAUUGGAGCUGAUUCCUGGCUUCGACUCUUCAGCGUUUCAUCUUUGCCCACAAAGCCAGCAGAGCGUUUUUCUGCUCUUUUCAAGGAAAACCCUAAAUGGGAAUGGGACGAUCUAGAGCCCUAUUUAAGGGGAAUGCAAGCUCCAGGCCAAUCAGUAGAAGCUAUGCUUCUUAGAUACACUCGAAAGACGCAAAUAUCCCCAAAUGUACCUGCUAUGUACACACCUCGUUGAGUCUGAGAUUCCAGUGGAAACCAAGGAAGCAGAGGAGCAAAAGUACCAAUUUUAGAGACAUAGCGUCGAAUGCUAAAAUUGUUAAGGCCCCCCGUGUGAAAUUGACAUUGGAGGUGCGGUUUGCGGACUUUUCAAAUCAAUCAGUCUUCCAUUUUUAUUUGAUGUCAUCUUUUGAUUAAAACGA